AUGACAACAUCAAUGAAGAAACAACAACUAUAUGGUGAAUAUAUCAAUCCAACAAUUGAUCAAUAUUCACCAAAAAAAGAAAAUCCAUUAGUAUUAAUGGCUCAAGCAUGUAAUAAUAUUGGUAAAGAAUUAUCAUCAUCAUCAUCAUUAUCAUCAUCUUCAACACUUUCAAUAAUAUCAAAACAACAAAAAUCAAAUUCACCAUCUGAAGGAAAAAAAUCCUUAAAACGUAAUGCACCUUCAACAUCUUCAAUAUCACCACCGUUAUCAAAAAGGAUGGCAUUUCCUCAACCAACAAUUCCAUCAUCAUCAUCAUCAUCAUUACCUUCAACUAAUCAACAAUCAUUUUAUUAUCCUCCAUCACCAUUUAUGUUUGAUUCUCUUCUUCUUCAUCAUUUAAGUAAAACAUUUACUUCAUCACCGUUCUUUUCAACAACAUCAUUUGGACAUUCAUCAAAUUCAGCUUUUACUCCAUCAUCAUUAUCAUCAUCAUCAUCAUCUCAACGAUCUCCUUAUUUUAUGGAUUCAAUUUUAGCACCAUUAAAUCCAUCGCCGCCACCCGCAUUUGUUUGUAAUUGGAUGGAAUCAAAUGUUCCAGAUGGAUUCUGCGGAAAACGUUUUGCAAAUCAUAUGAGUUUACUUGAACAUCUUUGUACAGCACAUACAUCAUUAUCAUCAAUGAAAGCAUCAUAUCCAACAUCUAUUUUUUCAUCUUAUUAUUCACCUACAUCAGUAGGAAAACUUUAA